AUUCAGUAUCGUUUGGUCUCCAGAAGGGAUAGAAUGGAGCUCAAAGUAUUGGCAGUGCUAUACCUUUUUGUGGCUGUGGAUGCUCAAGUUCUUGUAGAGAAAACGGAGCAUGUGCUAGAAUGGGAGCACUAUCACACAAGGAAUCACCUGCAACAGAAGCUUAAGAAAAAUGCAUACACAGAAGAGGAGACACACUCCGAAUUUUGGCUCGAUAGUGCACAAAAUAAGCUGAGAGACAAGCUGGCUCAGAAGAAAUCCGUAACGAAAGCUAAAAACGUCAUUUUCUUCAUCGGCGACGGAAUGUCCCCGCAGACUGUGGCUGCUACACGCGCAUAUCUGGGUAACGAAAACGAGUCCCUCUCUUUUGAAAAGUUUCCGCACCUUGGACAGGCCAAAACGUAUUGCGUCAACCGGCAGGUACCUGAUUCGGCUUGCACAGGAACGUCUUAUCUCUCUGGAGUCAAGGUCAACUAUGGAAUGUUGAACGUGGUGGCGUCAAUCGCCAGGUACACCUGCGAUUAUGAGAAGAACAACUCCACCGAACUUGAUGGGCUGAUGAAAUGGGCUCAAGACGCUGGAAAGGCAACCGGAAUUGUAACUAAUACUCGUAUAACCCAUGCAACGCCGGCAGCUAGUUAUGCGAAGAGCGCAACUAGGGGAUGGGAGUACGAUGCGGCAGUGGUUGACGACGGUUGUGACCCGGAGAAGUCGAUUGAUAUCGCUAGGCAGAUGGUGUACAAUGAAGUGCCGAAGAAUUUCAAAGUGAUACUUGGCGGUGGAAGAAGAAACUUCCGUCCUACGGAUGUCAGAGAUGAGGAGGGGUCAAGUGGCUACAGGACUGACGGACGGGACUUGAUCGACGAAUGGUCGACUGUUCACGAAGACAUGGGCACCGCAGCGUACGUUUGGAAUCGAACAGGCUUGGUGGAAUUGGACUUGAAUAACACGGAUUACCUACUGGGGCUAUUUGAAUCAAAUCACAUGAAGUACAAUCUACGCGUUGAGGAGGAGGAUGCUGCAAGUGUUGAACCAACUCUAUCGGAGAUGGUGGAGGCUGCCAUAAAGAUACUUCGGAAAAGUGAAAAUGGUUACGUACUGUUUGUAGAAGGUGGUUUGAUCGAUUUAGCUCACCACGAAACUCGAGCUCGUUUGGCGCUAGAUGAAACUGCCGAAUAUUCGAAAGCAGUGAAUCUGGCCAGGGAGCUUACUGAUGAGGGAGAUACUUUGAUUGUAGUCAGCUCGGAUCAUAGUCACACCAUGACCUACAAUGGAUACACGAAACGGGGUCAGGAUGUUCUCGGUAUCGCCGACAUAAGCGAACGGGAUGGUCUUCCAUACACCACUCUCAGCUACGCUAAUGGUCCCGGUUAUACCGAUACCUACACAGACGGAAACCCAGCAGAGCGGAUUGACAUCACCAACAUCGAUUACACCCAAAUAAAUCAACGUUACCUUGCAACGGCACCGUUAAGUUCGGAAGCUCAUGGCGGCGAAGAUGUAACCGUCUAUGCCUCUGGACCCUUCGCACAUAUCUUCAACGGGAACUACGAACAAAAUACACUUCCGCAUCUGAUAGCCUAUGCAGUAAGCAUCGGAGAAUACUACGACGAACAAGUGGAGCCUCCAGUCGACGAAGACGGAGGCGCAACUUCACUAUCGAUCUGCUUGGCGCUACUUUUGGCUGCCGUGGUAGCAACGGUAGCUCGUUAACAGAUAAGGCCUUAGUCCGAAUACAAUGAUAUACAUAUGUGAUACUGAAUUUCCCCUGUCGUCAAUAAAACGUUAAUUUAGAUAAUACUGA